UCAAGUCCACUCCAUAUCUUAUUGAGCGCAUGUCGCAGCCGCAGCUUUGCGCGCACAAACAGCAGCUGUGCGCAGCGGAGCAACAAAAAGAAAAACCAAGGGCAAAACAAAAACAGCUGAGUUAAAAAAAAAAAAGGAAUAAUCUUCAACCCGGGAAUCCAGCUGUAAAUCAAGCAGACUCCAACGAUCUGAACCCCCCACAACCGAGGCAGAGCAGGCUCCGCGUAAAACACCCGGACUGGUUGUUUUUUUCCUUGGGUUUUUUUUUUUUCCGCACAGACGCAGACGUGCUCCCUCCUGCUCGGCAAGCGGCCUCCAUUUUAGCUCCUUUGCCCGGUCGUUGCCUCACGUGUCCUGGACUGUCUUCCUCACAUGACCCGUGUGUUUGUCCCCGUGAUCACCGCUUCCAUCUCCGUAAAUCAGUGUCGUUGAAUAUCGGCGUUUUUUUUACACACCGCCAAAAGAAAGCUUCAUGGAUAUGCUGGAGCAGAGUCUGGACAGCUCGGCGAGUCACGACAAACAGGAAACAGAAGAGGUGGUGCAGCUACAGGAAGGAGAGGCGGUGGGGACGGAGGAGCAGACGGCAGUGACCAUCACCGGUGUUCCACAGGCUGCGUUCGCUGACCACAAUGUGCAGUACCAGUUCCGUACAGAUAACAGUGGAGGACAGGUGACCUACCGCGUGGUUCAGGUGACUGACGAUCAGUUAGAAGCGACAGCCGACGGGACCGGAGCGGUGAGCGUCGUCUCUGCGGCGGCGUUUGCCGGAGCCCCUCAGGCGGUGGCUCAGGCUGUUAUCCAAAAUCCGUUCAGCAACGGGGGAAGUCCCGCUGGAGAGGCGGUCGGAGGAGAGACACGUUUCGCGUAUUUUCCCGCCACCACCGUCAGCGAUGGAACGGCCACGGCCGUGUCGGUGCAGGCCACCGCCGACCAAACCAUCACACAGGCUGGAGGUCAGUUUUACGUGAUGAUGAGCCCCCCCGAGGUCCUGCAGACGGCGGCCCCUCGCACCAUCGCGCCCCGCACACACACCUACACUGCAGACCUCGGUGAAAGCGAGAUGUUGCAGCAUGGCAGUACAAACUGGAAGGUGGACGGUCCUCGGGCGCCCAGAGAUGAGCGGCGAAGAGCGCAGCACAAUGAAGUGGAAAGAAGAAGAAGAGACAAAAUCAAUAACUGGAUUGUGACGCUCUCGAAAAUCAUCCCUGACUGCAGCGUGGACAGCAGAACCGGAGCGGUGAGUGCUGCGAGUAAAGGAGGCAUCCUGUCCAAAGCUUGUGACUACAUCCGAGAGCUGCGUCAGAGUAACCAGCGACUGCAGGAGAGUUACAAAGAGGUGGAGCGAGUGGAGAUGGACAACGAGCUGCUUAGACAACAGAUUGAGGAACUGAAGAAUGAUAAUGCACUUCUUCGAGCACAGCUGCAGCAGCACGGCGUAGAAGUGAACGGAGAUGCGACGCCACAAUGAUAGUGGACUGGACUCACGUUAACAUCACAAACACAAUGUUGCACCCUCCCACCCACCUGAACAAUAAAAAACCAGGAAAAGGAAUAAGAACAAGAGACAAUUUCUGUCUGAAAUUGGACCACAAAAAAAACACACACACAGAGUUUGUGAAAAAAAACAACAAAAAAAAAAAAACUGAAGGACUACAAACUGAAAACGCCUCCUCCACCUGUCUCAGCCGUUUGAAGGCUGGAUGCUAACUGUGUAGCUAACCGAACCUCUCACCUCUGCUUCAAGGAAACCAACCUCUCCACAGCACCACCACGCUUGCACCAAACUUUCUUUUUACUUUAAAUUAUGAACCUUCCACAAGGAAUUUACUUUUUGAAUGAUUUCCCCUUUUUUAUUGUCCUGCAAAGUCCUGCUUCUUCCUCUUGUUUUAGUUGACAUUUGCUGUGUUUUAAACUACUAAAUGUGACAUGAAUGAUAGCUCCAAUUUCCUUUUAAUUUAUUAGUCUGUCAGGAAUGUGAACGUGGAAAGGAAAAGCUGAUCUCUGAAUUGACAAACACAUAUUAUCUUGGGAAUAUCUUGCUAUUAAUGUCAGUGGAUCAUGUGUAUAUAUGGUUAAUCUAUGUGCAGUUUGAGGUAACCCUUCAAUACUGACACCCCAAGCACUAGGCAGAACUCAAAAAAGAAAUAAACAUAAUCCUUUUGAGAAAGUCAGAAUAAAAGCAGCUUUGAUAGCAAAGGCUUGGAGGUUUAAUUUUUUUAGUGCAAGGCCUUAAUAGAAGCCUGAUGGAGAAUCUAGGUGUUGAUAUAGCUCAGGUAAAUGGGAUAGUGCACUGGCAAGUGGUUCCCAGACUCAAUGAAGUCUUUGCAAAUAGAGGCCUGAUCUCUGUCGUGUCCCCAUUAGGUGCAAUGUAAAGAUAAAUGAGAGUAUGGAGAUGAUUUUCAAUGCGUGCAUCAUUUCUAAAUGGGCAUUAAAAUAAUGUUUGUAUAUCUGCUUGAAAGGUCACUGGUGUAGUGCACUGAAAGAGAGGUUCAUUCAUAAGAGGUCUUGGUUUUGAGACCGGCCUCUGUUCGGCUCACAAUGUCCUGCUGCAUUUUUAGUGGCUUUUUUGCAAUAUUUCCUAUUUCUUGAACACUUUGGGAACCCUUGCUGGUGACAGAAGACCUUAAAAACUACAACCCGGGGUCUUGAUGAAUACAUGUGCUGAAACUAUUUUGGAUGCAAGUGAUGAUAACUAACCAGCUUUUGUCUACACUGAAAAGUCACCACAGCAUGGAAAUAUAACCACUGGCAUGACUAAUUCUGAUACUACAAUAAAACAGAAGUGUUUAUACCCGA